CUAAUUCCUCAUUCUUUUUCUAAUCUCCAUUUUCACAUUUCCUCAUUAGCUCAUUUCCUUCUUUGCUAACGUUCAAAUACGUAAAUAUAUUCUCAUGCAGUCUGAAGAACAACAAGACUACCCUGGCUCCCCAGAGGAUCACCGCCCAUACUCGAGUGAACAUCGACGAGAAAGAGAGAGAUAUGGACGACGAGACAGCGAUCGAGAUCGGGAGCGAGACCGGGAACGAAGAGAGAGAGAAAGGGCAGAAAGAGAAGAAAGACGUAGGGAGAGAGAACGCGAUAGAGAGCAGAGAAGUCGAGAAAGUCGAGAUCAUCAUGGCUCAGUACCAUCAACUUUAUCAUCACAGCCAUCGUCACCAACUUCAUCACGGUCAUCACGAAGACGCAACGAUAUCAGCUUUAAUCAUACUCUUGAGCAGUCUCUUGACCAGACGAUUGAGCAAUUACUCGGGCAGACUUCUAAGCAGACACGUGGGAAAACACUUGAUCAGACACUCGAGGAGCUGCUCGAACAGACGUCUGAGCAUGCGUUCGAGGAUACAAUUGAGGAUACGCUCGAGGACACAUCCGACCAGCCAACCGGUCGGCCCAGUCUUGAUCACAUUGAAGAGGAAGAUCUCAAUUUCGAUUUCAACUCUCCUCCACGAUUGCGGACCAAUGUUGAAGAGACGAUUAGUACACCACUUAGCCCCAGAGAUGAACGAGCGUCAAUAGCUUCAGGGUCGACACCAAUACCAACAGCGACACUACCACCACCAAUGUCAAUAGAAGAAGAGAUAGAAACAACAGUAAUUACAGGAGAAGAUGGGGAUACAAAUGAAGUAUUACCAUCAACAAGACCUGAAGAAUUUAAAGCUACUGUUGCAAUGAAGUAUACGCCAGAAACGAACCAGGUUGCGCUGACAGAAACAAUGGUAAAAAAAAAAAGCUUUAUACUUUUAAGCUUCAGAGGAGGAAUAUAGCUUUAUUCGGAUCCACUCGAUAAAUGGAAGUUCAUUCGGGGCAAAUGUAACACUUGAUUUUGAUAGACUUGAUGAUUGUCUCUGCGCCUUUUUCUUUUUUAUUGAUGCUUUAUAGGAAAACGAGGAGGAUGUCAGAAUUGCAGAACUGAAAGCCAAAAUCCAGGAUUUACAGAGAGAGGAGCAAGAAAUCAUCAAAUCGAUAAGGUCUAUCUUUU